UUAUGUCACCAGUCCUAGGAGAAGUCAUGCAUUUGAGUGCUUACUCUGUAAACAGCGCCUAAGUGGCAGUGCUGGAACUGGAACCCAAGCUGCUUGGCUCCAGAACCAUGGGUCUUAAUCUGUGUCAUACUGUUUUCUGAGUUCAGAGGGCCCGUGAGAGCUGACAGGAAGGAAAAGAAAAGAAACAUUGUUUCUUCUGCCAGAACACUGUUCACCAGGCCUUGGCCUCUCCUUCCCUCCUACUGUCUUCUCAGUAUCAAUGCCAUGUCCUCAAGGAGGCCUUUCCUGGUCUCCGGACCUGAGUUAUGGCCCCCUUAUUCUUUCACUUUUUGUUAUCCUUUAAGGUACUCAUCAGAAUAUUUCAUUAUUUAUUUGCAUGUUUUCUGGUUUUAAUGACAAUUCCUCACUAGACUAUUCUCUCAGUGAGUGCAGGACUGGUUCAUCCCCUUAAUCCCCAGUGGAGAGCCUGGUAGGUAGUAGGUAUUUCAUAGAUAACAGCUGGAAGGUAAGUUCACAGAAUGUAAUGACAGGUCAGAUGGGAUAGAGGAGCGGGGAGGAUGCCGCAGGGAUUCCCACCUGAGUGAUGCUAUCCCUAUAUAAGAAGUUAGGAGUGGGGCUGGGAUGAUUCAGUGGACUGGGGAUGUGUUUGAGAGCUUGAGUGCUUUUGGAGGGGACGCCUUGAAGAAGGCAGUCUUCUACUGGCAAGCCCUUCCUGACUCCCUCCCCACUGCAGCCUGGGUGAGGGGCUGGCCUCAGCCCCCUGGGCAGACCGCUGCCAUCAGUCAUCUCCUGCUUAUGCCCCUGGGGGUUGCCUGUUCCCUGGCCUGGGAAGCUCAGUGGGUUCUGGAACAGUGCUGCAGGGCUCAUCUCUGGAUCAUAGGGCUCCCAGGGGUGUGUAUGUGGUCAGUCGGGCUCAAUAAAUGCCAGUAGAAGAAAAGAGGGAAGGAAGAACUCAGGAGGGAAGCUGGGAUGGGGAGCAGAUCUGGGAAGUGGAGUGGAAAUAGAGGGCCAAGGUUGGAGCCGCCGGGCCCUAGAGACAAGGUGGACAGAGGAAUGCUCCAGCACCCUCGGGAGGCCAGGCACAGAGCUAAGUGCUUUAUUCACCUAACUGCAUUUCAUCUUUGUGGCAACACUGAAGCAGUCAUUAUUAUUCCUAUUUUGUUAGGAAAACGGAGGCCCAGAGAGGUGACGUGAUUUGCCCAAGGUCACACAGCGAGUGAGCAGUGAAGCUGGGUUUGACCCAGGGCCAUCAGUCCCCAAGCCUGCACUCUUGCCACUUCACUCCUGCCUCUCGCCUCUGCUCUGCGCUUCCCUCCCGCUUCUCCCCUCCCUCCGCUUGCUCUGCCGCCCCGCCCCACCCCUCUCCUCCCCUCCUCUUCCCUCCCUUCUUUCCCUCCUUCCCUACCUCUCGGCGGCGGAGCCACGUGGUGGGGCCGGGAAGCCGCGGCCGCCGAGCGCCCGGGCGGCUGCCCCUGCUGGGCAGUGCUGCUCUGCGCUGCGCCGCUCUCGGUGCCUGCGCUCCCCGCUCCGCGCUCCCCGCCAGCCGCCCCGGGGCGGGAGGCGCGCCUGGCGGCCGGCCGGCCAGACAAAGGAGGCGCGGCAGAGCCGGCGCGCGGGCGGACUGACCAUGGACUCCGAGCGCGAGCGGCCGGCCGCAGCCCUGAGGACCCGGCGCUCCCGGGCCCGGCCCUAGGCGCCCGGCCCCGCCGCCCGGGGCGCCCAGCUGGGAGGACGCGGAGCCCGCGCGGCGCGGAGGAGGCGGCGGCCGCCGAGCUAGAGGGGCGCCGCGGCGAACGGCGCGCGCGGCCCCCAGAGCCAUGGGCAAAUGCAGCGGGCGCUGCACGCUGGUCGCCUUUUGCUGCCUGCAGCUGGUGGCUGCGUUGGAGCGGCAGAUCUUUGACUUCCUGGGCUACCAGUGGGCUCCUAUCCUAGCCAACUUCCUGCACAUCAUGGCAGUUAUCCUGGGCAUCUUUGGUACCGUGCAGUACCGCUCCCGGUACCUCAUUCUGUAUGCAGCCUGGCUGGUGCUUUGGGUUGGCUGGAAUGCGUUUAUCAUCUGCUUCUACUUGGAGGUCGGACAGCUGUCCCAGGACCGGGACUUCAUCAUGACCUUCAACACAUCCCUGCACCGCUCCUGGUGGAUGGAGAACGGGCCAGGCUGCCUGGUGACACCUGUCCUGAACUCCCGCCUGGCCCUGGAGGACCACCAUGUCAUCUCGGUCACCGGCUGCCUGCUUGACUAUCCCUACAUUGAAGCACUCAGCAGUGCCCUGCAGAUCUUCCUGGCUUUGAUUUCAUCGGCGGUUUUGACUCCUAUGGAUACCAGGCGCCGCAGAAGACGUCGCAUUUACAACUGCAGCCUCUGUACACGGCGGGGUAGUAGCUUCUGCCCCACGACCACCCCCGCGGCUAGACAGACCGCCGCAGCCGCGAGCUCUGGCCAAGAUGGCAGGCGUGCCCCCUGGCGGCUCGCUGACCGGACUGCAGCCUGGGUCGGCUUGACAUGGGUCCGAAGCAGACAUGGACUUGGCGCUUAGCCGCCUGGACUUAAGGGGUGGGGCGGGGGUGGGGCGGGGGAGGGGGUUCGCGGGGUUUGUAUUUUUUUAUCUCCACCUUGGCGUGUGCCGGAGCCUCCCGCCCUUCUCCAGCCUCUCCCUUUCACCCUUCUUCACCCAGCAUCCUGUUCCCUGUCCAGAGAGAAAGGACAGGACAGACAGACUCACCCCCAUCUCACCACAUUCAUUCACCAGCCCUGGGGAAAGUUACCCUGAACUAGAAGCAGGAGUUCUGGGUUCUAAUCGCAGCUCCAUCACUAACUCUCUAUGUGACAUCUGGCAAAGCCCUUACCCUCUCUGGGCCUCAGUUUCCGACCUCAAAUAAUUAAAAUAAUCCCUUCGUAAAUGGAGCUCUUUCUAGCCUUUUCACUUGACUCUCAAUUCCCUGGACUAUACUGGGAUUUUACAUAAUCCCCAUUUUGCAGAUACGGAAACUGAGGCCCAGAGAUGUAAAGCAAUUUGCUUGAGGCCACACAGCUGGGCUUUUGGUGGCGGCAGGCCUUGAAUAUGAUCUGUAGUUUCAGACUCCAAAACCCAUUUCCGAGCCCCCUUCCAGCUUGGCCACUCUAGAACCCAUGUGAUAUACACCACACUCACAUACCACCACCACCACUUGCUAACUCCUCUCUUAAAGCAAUAUAUUCGUUCUCUUGUUGGGAACAGGAUGGACGGAUCCCAGAGCCCUGAAUUCAGCCUGACCCACAGGGAAGCCUUCUUAGACUCGGCCUCUGUCCACCCUUGGCAAAGCUUUCAAGCUCUCUCUAGCAAAGGGGGGACACGACUCAGUCGCCCCACCCCCUUCCACGUCCCUGAGCCUGCUGUACCCAUGAUCCCCCACCCCUUCAGCAACUCUGCCAACCCCUGGUGGCUCCAUCCACCUCACCAGCUGGAAGACCUGUGGUUUCGGAGUGGAAAAGGGCUCAUCUGUGCUGCCUGGUCAACAGUGUUCAAAGAUCACCAGUGUUGAUGAUCACGCCGGUGUCCAGAAGCAACCUCUAACAAAUCCAGAAGUUGUUCUGAAGAGGCAGAAUGGGGGUGGGGGUCAUAGUGGGGGGUCUGGAGGGCCAGCACCCUUCCUUAAGAGCAAGUAGAGAUGAGGGCCCAUUCUCCUCGCCUCCCUCCACAGACCGCUCUGAGGACCCUGCAUCCUGUGCGCUGACUGGUGAAUCUCAGGGCAGGAGGAUCAGGCCUCAGCUUCCAGUUUGUGAAGUAGGAGUGGUCCUGGCUUAGGAAGGAGGGUGGGAGGCACGGGGGAACCAGAUGGAAAUACAGACGGUUGCACACCUGAGCCCAUCCAUGGGGACCAUUCCUUGCUCUCCACCCUCUGAUCUAGCAUUCCCUCCCAUCUAAGGCCAAAAUAUCCUGAACUUGGACCCCACCCUACCAUCCCAUCUGCAGGUCUGUGCCAAAGAGCCUAACCCAGGAGUCCCUCUGGUCACUACAGGGCCCAAGGUCCCAAAUGGUGAGCCUGGUUAGCUAUGGGUACAGCUCAGGAGGGCAACAGUUCCCUUCAGGCCUGGCUGCUGCUCUGCUCCUGGACCAAGUCCUGCCUCCAGCCCUCUCUUCUCAGAGCCACCCCCAGCCAGCUGUCAUCUCACCCCCAAGCCCCUUUCUAUUCAACGACUUGAGCCACUGGUGCUUUGAAGCCUUUUGUUUUUGUAAGAUGGUUUUUUCAAGGAGACUAUUUUCUUCUCACUGGGACCUUGCAAGGCAGGGAGUGUUGCCCUGGUUUCUGUGCAGGUGGGUUGAUUAAAGAUGGUGUUUUCCAACUUCCCUGGUGGUGCAGUGGUUAAGAAUCCGCCUGCCAACGCAGGGGACAUGGGUUCGAGCCCUGGUCCGGGAAGAUCCCACAUGCCACGGAGCAACUAAGCCCGUGUGCCACAACUACUGAGCCUGCACUCUAGAGCCCGUGAGCCACAACUACGGAGCCCACGUGCCACAACUACUGCAGCCCUCGUGCCUAGAGCCUGUGCUCUGCAACAAAGAGAAGCCACCACAAUGAGAAGCCCAUGCACCGCAACAAAGAGUAGCCCUCGCUGCAACUAGAGAAAGCCCGUGCGCAGCAACAAAGACCCAACACAGCCAAAAAAUAAAUUAAUUAAUUAAAAAAGAUGGUGUUUUCUUCUCUAUCUUUCUGUCCUCCUGCCCUGUGAGUUGGCAGGGUCUUCUAAGGGAGAAGUCUUUGCAUGGAGGGUGGGCAGAGGUUGGGAAUCUGUCAUUGUCAUUAUCAGACAUUGCUGGGGCACUGGCCUGUCCCUCUGGCUGGCUGUGUAGCUUUGGGCAAGUCACACUCCCUCUCUUUCCUCAUCCAUAAAAUGCAGAGAAGGGAUUAAAUCAGUGGGUUCCCAAAACUGGCUUUGCAAUCCCUUGGAGAGCUUUCAUUUUUCCGAUUAAGUGCAUUUUAAGGUUAUGCUUUCAAAUAUCCUUUGCAUCCUGGUUCUGUCCUCUUCCUAAAAAUUCGGUUCCUGACUUGGAAUAAGGUGGCAGACAGUACUUUAGACACAGAUUCCUGCAUCCCAACUGGGACAUCCUGGCAUCUUUUCUGACUGUACAAGAAGAAUCAGUAAUUUGAAUUUUAAAAUUUUACUUUUGUGUGUGAAUAGGUAAUAAGUAUAUGUGGUACAGGAUUCAGAAAGUUCCAGGGGGCUAUGUACUCUUACUUAUUUUUCAUAUCUUUCUGAAGAUAGUCAAAAAUUUUUUAAUUAUAUAAAAUUUUUUUUCCCUUUUUCACACAAAUGGAAACAUAUUUUACUCACUCUUCAACUCCCUGCUUCUCUCACCUAACUCUGAAUCUUGGAAAUCUUCUCCCAAUAACACUCGUGGCACUACCUCCCAUUCUUCCACAAUGACUUGGUAGAAUUGGGAUUUUUAAGAUCCCCAGGUGACCUUGAUGCAGUUAGGGGCCAAGAGCCAGAGGUUCUACAUAAGGAUGCCCAGGUCCACUAUUCAAACCUCUGUGGACCAUUCCUGGUCGCGGAGUCAGAGGGAAAUAAGGAGUUUAUGGUCUAGUGGGGAGCCCAGGGGGUGAGCAGGCAGAAGCUGACGCUGAUAGCAGGUGGUCGAUGCUGAGGACAGUUUAGCGUGAAAGGUGGUGGUUAGUAGGAGCUCGGGAAAGAGGUGAUCUGAACAUCCUGGAUGGACCGAUAGCAUGAGCAGAGGUGUGGAGGGAGGAAAACCCGUAGUGUCUGGGGUAAAAAUGGCCAGAGACGAACUAGCUGGAGGGAGCCUCAGUGGGGAAUGUAUGCGUUUUCUAUCGCUGUCAUAAGUUAUCACAACUUUAGUCUCUUAAAGCAGUAUACAUUUGUUAUCUUACAGUUCAGUAGAAGUCCAACAUGGGUCUCACUGGGGUAAAAUCAAAAUGUCUGGAGGGUUGCAUUUCUUUCUGGAGUCUCUAGGGGAGAAUCCGUUUCCUUUUCUAGCUUCUAGAGGCUAUGUGCAUUUCUUGGCUCGUGGCCCCUUUCCUCCGUCUUCAAAGUCAGCAACAUCACAGCCCUCUGACCUUUUGGAUUUUUCCCUGGCCGUGCAGCAUGUGGGAUCCUAGUUCCCUGACCAGGGAUCGAACCCGCGCCCCCUUGCAGUGGAAGUGUGGAGUCUUAACCAUUGGACCACUAGGGAAGUCCCAAUCUCUGACCCCUUUUCCAUCACAUCUCUCUAACCACAGCCAGGAAAGGUUCUCUACUUAUAAGGAUUCGUGUCAUUGGAUUGGGCCCACUUGAAUAAUCCAGGAUAAUUUCUUGCUCUCAAAGUCCUUAAUUCCAUCUGCAAAGUCCCUUUUGCCAUGUAAUGCAUUCACAGGUUGCAGGAAUUAGAAUGUGAACCUCUUUGCGGGGCCAUUAUUCUGCCUUCCCAGGGAAGGAGUCGUAUCCAGAAGCCCUGAAUGUCAAACCAGAGUGCAUCGGCCUGGUGUGAUGGCAGGGGGAACUAUUGAAGGAUUUUGAGCAGAAGCUACUCAAUUAGAACUGUUCUGUAGAGAGAACUGGCAGGGCUGGAAGGGUGGGUUGGAGGAAGGAAGCAGGAAGCAGUGUUUUGUCUGGAAGAGGCCUAGGGUUUCUUACUUCCCUGUGUAAAUGUGUGUUCUUGUGGGUAUGUAUGUAAACUUGGGAGGUUAAUGUCAGCAUGAACUUCAGGUGUCAGACAUCCCUGGGUCCCCGUUCAUCACUCUGGAACCAGUCAAGCUGGCCUUCCCACAAAGCCCCGUGGGGCUCCUGCCAUCCUGGGGCCAUCUCCCGGCAACCUCUGCACGUUCGAAUAAUCCAGGUAGGACAUACCUUCCAAUAACUGCUGGGUCAUAACGGUGCCCAAGUCAUUCUUUUUUUUUUUUUUUUUUUUUUUGAUGUGGACCACUUUUAAAGUCUCUAUUGAAUUUGUUACAAUAUUGGUCUGUUAUAUGUUUUUGUUUUUUUGGCCCCAAGGCACGUGGGAUCUUAGCUCCUGACUAGGGAUCGAAUCCACACCCCCUGCAUUGGAAGGCGAAGUCUUUUUUUUUUUUUUUAAUGUUUUCUUUUUUUUUUUAAGAAGAUGUUGGGGGUAGGAGUUUAUUAAUUAAUUUAUUUAUUUUUGCUGUGUUGGGUCUUCGUUUCUGUGCGAGGGCUUUCUCUAGUUGUGGCAAGCGGGGGCCACUCUUCAUUGCAGUGCGCGGGCCUCCCACUAUCACGGCCUCUCUUGUUGCGGAGCACAGGCUCCAGAUGCGCAGGCUCAGCAGUUGUGGCUCACGGGCCCAGCUGCUCUGCGGCAUGUGGGAUCUUCCCAGACCAGGGCUCGAACCCAUGUCCCCUGCAUUAGCAGGCAGAUUCUCAACCACUGCGCCACCAGGGAAGCCCGGAAGGCGAAGUCUUAACCACUGGACCACCAAGGAAGUCCCCCCAAGCCAUUCUUUGAAGCACUAGAAUACAAAUUCCCCAAGGUGCAUUUGACAAGCAUAAGAGUCUCCUGGGAUUUGUAGACAGACUAGUGUUUGCUUGAAUGCGUUGGAAUUGGGUCUUGCUGUUUCUAAACAGACUAGGCAUGAGGGAGGGCCUGACACCAAGACCUUAUUGCCUUAUAAGAUUCAGUACUCCACAGGCAUGGCCCUGGAUAGGGUUUCUCAAACUUGCAGAGCAUAAGCAUCUCUUAAAAAUCCAAAUUCCUUCGCCAAAAAAAAAAAUCCAAAUUCCUGAGCUGAUCUGAGCCACACUGAACCCAACAUCUGGGCAGUGGAAGGAACUUGUGUUUUUCACUGGUGCCCCAGGUGAUCCAGGUUUGGGAAAUCCUAGACCCAGGUAAAGAGGCAUUCAAACAUUUUUGAAACUUGCCCUCCUCCAGUGCCAUGGAAGGCCUACCAAAUUACGCCUGCCAGCUCCCUCACAUCAGAACUCGACUCUAAGACUCUCUCCCCCAAGUUUAAUUGCAUUUGUUAAUAAUUGUUAUAGUCUUAAAUUUUUAAAAAAUGGGUUAAUAAUUUCAAAGUCUAGGAUCAACUCUUGAACUUAAACACUGACAACUUUACCACUUGGUUAGUUUGAGCAAAGGCAGGUCUGAGUUUGCCUGCCACCACCUGUGCCGGGGACCACACCCCACCCUGAGCCUUGCUUCCAGGGAUUCAGCGAUUCAACCAGACUGAUCAGGCCCAGGCCGACUGGGGCUGCAGAGAGAGCCCUGUGCUGGGCAUCCAAUACUGAAAUACUCCAAAACUGAAGUCUGAGUUCUUCCUCUGCCCCUUUCUCAUCCUGGGACCUGGGGCCACUCCUCCCGCCUCCGGUCUUGGUUACUUCAGUGAAAUGAGAGGGCUGGACUUUGCAGAAUAUUCCUGGGCUUCUUUACUGCUGACCUGGAACAGGGCUUCUCCAUCCUAACUGUACUUGGGAUGUCGUUUUAAAAUACAGAUUUCUGGGCUCCACUCA